GACCCAAAACAUUAUGUCAAUUCAAACCGAUUCCCCGAACGCGUAACACAAAGCAACGUUAAAGCUUAAUACAUCAGACGCCGCGUACUACAACUAGUAUAACCACAAUAAAAACAAAAAUAAUAGCAAAAUGCGUUGUGUAUUUGUGAUCGCCUGCACCAUCGCCAUGGCUAUGGCCAUGCCAGAGCCACCAUCAUCCCGCUAUGGACCACCACCAGUGCCACAAAAGCAGUACGGCCCACCACCAUCGGCGCCAGCGGAACAAUAUGGCCCACCACCCACACAGCCACCUCAGCCAUUGCCAGUUUAUGGUCCACCCGCACCCUUCUAUGGUCCACCAGCGCCUGAGACGAUUGUCACCAAGAAUGUGUACGUCCAUGUCCCACCAGAGGAGCCAGAAGUCUACCAGCCAGCCGAGCCCAUCCAAACCGCUGUGCCAAAGAAGCAUUACAAGAUUAUCUUCAUCAAGGCACCAAACCCACCUGCACCCGUACAACAGGUGUUGCCACCUCCAGUGCAGGAUGAACACAAGACACUCGUCUAUGUGUUGGUGAAGAAACCAGAGGAACAGCAGCCAUUGAUAUUGCCAUCACCAGCGCCAACUGAGCCCAGCAAGCCAGAGGUUUACUUCAUCAAAUACAAGCAACAACAAAAGCCAGCCACACAAUACGGUCCACCACCGGCACCAGCCGCCGAGUAUGGUCCACCAGCGGCGGAGAAAUUUUAAACUAGCACUUUCAUGUGGCUUAGUUAGUGUGGAUGACGUGGCGCUACUAUCAGUGCGCUCGCUAUUGUAAAUAGGUUUCAUCAAUCCUCCUACCAGUACUUAGUGCUUCGAAUUAGUACAAUUUUUAAUGCACUCCGUUAGACGGAUGUAUUCAUACAUACAUACAUUUAUAGUUUAUGUAUUAAGCUUCUUAUUUCAGACAAACUCUUUUUAUAUUUCAUUAUUUGUUGAUUUCUGUUAUUUUUUGUUUUGUUGUACUAAAUGUCCCAUUAAAUUAUGAUUCCAUUUAAAAGA